CGGUGGCGCUUCGCUGGUUCCGUGCGUUGAGGAGAACGGGAGGCGUUGAUCGCGGCUUGGGCGCCCCCUUCUUCGCCAGUGGGGCGCCCCGAAAAAUCUCAGGGACUGGCGGCUUCACGGAAGACGUCCCCGGACUCGAGAGACGGCAGGAGCCCGUCGGGGGUUUAACUCGGGGUGCGACCGAAGCAUGGGGAGCCCGCGCCUUCUCCGCGCCGCCGCUUCUGCGGCGUGGCCGGCCAGCCGGCUCCACGGCGCGCCACCCGGCGCGGGAUCCCGCUGACCAAUUUUCCUCUCGGGAACGCGAAAGGAGCCGGAGCAGGAGGACGCGCGCCGGCUGCCCUUCCUGCCCUCGGCCGGGCCCGAGACAAGCCUGCUCUCCGCCGCGCGGGAUCUUUCGGAAAGGACUUCUGAUAUUCUGCCGAGGGCGAAAUUAAGGCGAAACUUUUCCCGCUGAGGUGUGGGAUCCAGCCUUGCUCUCUGCGCUGAACUUCCAAGCGGAGAGCGAAGGAGCGGGGCCCUCCAGGCUGGCUUGUUAUGGAGUUCGCCUGUUUUUUGUUUUGUCGGGUUUUAUCCCCCGCACGCACCUGUCUUGCUGGAGCAGCGAAUCCUCCGCGGAAUUGGCAGCAACCGCUCUUGCCAUGGGAAGACUUGGGCUCCUUGGGAGGGAAAAGAAGGCCGGUCGGGAGGCCCUUGGACUUUCUCCAGGACCGCGCCACCUGUGAGCCCAGCGCCUCCCGCUUUGGAGUCAGCCGGAGGGGUUAAAGCGAAGGCAGCGGCCGCCCGGGAGGAGGCGAGGAGGGAGACUUGAUCCGCGCCCUCUGCUUGGCGCGGCCCCUGCGCCUUGCCAUGGCCGGGUUUCGCCCUGGCCUGAGAGACGCCUUGCUGAGCCUUCUGCUGUUCGUGCUGAAGGCUCCCGUUCCUACUCCGGCUGCAUCCAAGGCCAUCGUCUGCCAGGAGAUCACCGUGCCCAUGUGCAAAGGCAUUGGCUACAACCUGACCUACAUGCCGAACCAGUUCAACCACGAUACCCAAGAUGAAGCUGGCCUGGAAGUGCACCAGUUCUGGCCCCUGGUGGAGAUUCAGUGCUCUCUGGAUCUGAAAUUUUUCCUGUGCAGCAUGUACACUCCCAUCUGCCUGCUGGACUAUGCCAAGCCUCUGCCGCCCUGCCGGUCAGUGUGUGAGAGGGCCAAAGCUGGGUGCUCUCCUUUGAUGAGGCAGUACGGCUUUGCCUGGCCGGAAAGGAUGAACUGUGAUAAGCUGCCCGUUCCAGGAGACACGGAGAUGCUGUGCAUGGAUCACAACCAGACGGAAGCCACAACCUUGCCCCCGUUGUUUACCAAGCCCACCCGCUCUUCCAAAGGGAUCCACAAAAAUCUCACCCCUCUAACCAGUAGUGACUGCAAGAGAAUAUGCGCCUGCAAAGAGCCCUUAGUCUUCAUCUCCCAAGAAACUCACCCGCUCUACAACAAGAUCGAGACUGGCCAUGUGCGCAAUUGCGCAAUUCCUUGCUUCCAGCCGUAUUUUACCCAAGAUGAAAAAACUUUUGCUACCUUCUGGAUUGGCUUGUGGUCCGUCCUUUGUUUCAUCUCCACUUUCACCACAGUGGCCACCUUUCUGAUCGACAUGGAAAGGUUCAGGUACCCCGAGCGUCCCAUCAUCUUUUUAUCAGCCUGUUAUCUCUUUGUAUCCAUUGGCUACAUCAUCCGGCUGAUUGUGGGCCAUGCUAAUGUGGCCUGCAACAAAGAUUACAACCACAUACACUAUGAAACCACAGGACCUGCCCUCUGCACUGUGGUGUUCCUCCUGAUCUAUUUCUUUGGCAUGGCAAGCUCCAUCUGGUGGGUCAUCUUGUCUCUUACUUGGUUUCUGGCAGCUGGGAUGAAGUGGGGGAAUGAAGCCAUUGCUAGCUACUCCCAGUAUUUUCACAUGGCAGCCUGGCUUCUUCCAAGUGUAAAAUCCAUUACUGUUUUGGCCCUAAGCUCAGUCGAUGGGGACCCAGUAGCUGGGAUCUGCUAUGUGGGUAAUCAGAAUGUGGACAAGCUGCGGGGUUUUGUCCUCGCUCCGUUGGUGGUGUACCUUUUCACCGGGACCAUGUUUCUGCUGGCUGGUUUUGUAUCCCUCUUCCGAAUUCGGAAUGUGAUUAAACAAGGGGGCACAAAGACGGACAAGCUGGAGAAGCUGAUGAUUCGUAUUGGGAUCUUCACCGUUCUUUACACUGUCCCAGCUACCAUUGUGGUGGCUUGCUACAUCUACGAGCAGCACUACAGGGAGAAAUGGGAGAUGGCUCAGAAUUGCUCUUGCCCGGGGGACAAGUCCAGACCGAAGCCUGACUAUGCUGUUUUUAUGCUCAAGUACUUCAUGUGCCUGGUGGUGGGCAUCACCUCUGGGGUCUGGAUUUGGUCAGGCAAGACACUGGAGUCUUGGAAGCAGUUCACAGGUCGAUGCUGCAGGGGAGGGAAGCCCGUGAGCGCCACCAUGUACAGUGAGGCCAACGUAGCGCUGACAGGCCGGACUGGGCUUGCCACUUCUGCUUCCUACCACAAACAGGUUCCCCUGUCCCAUGUGUGAAAAAGCAUCUGGCUUGGUCAGUAGGGGGGCAGUUGGUCAGUUCUGCACAUACUAUAUGAACUAAUCCAGCUGGCUUUUCCAACUGCAAGCUGUAACUCUUCCCUUGAAUCAACUGCCCAGAAGAGGAGACCUGCAUUUUCUCAGUUUUGUGAUACUAUAAAGACCACGGAGCUUAUUUGUGAACUUGAAUCCACCUCAUCAGAUGCUCUCCCACAGAUGCAGUUUAAGCUUGGUGGACUUUAUGCUUACAACCAAGUAUCCCUUUUCAUUUGCAUGAUGAAUUCUAAACCACAGAAGCUUAUACAAUCUUUUUAUUUUGUUUUGUUUUUUCCUUUCUGCAUCUUUAUGGCUCUUAUUUCAUUAAAUAAUAUAAAAGAUCUUUAAUAUAACCCGAAUAAUCACUGAUAAAAUAAUUACAAGGUUUUUGAGGAUUACUUGAAUGAAAGAACUGAAAUCCUAAAGACUAACAUAAUUGGGGCCUAGGUGCUGCUUUCUGAGCUAGAAAUGUUGCCAAAUCAGGCAAGUGGCUGACUCUGAAGGAGCUUUUCCAUAGGUAAAUUAGGGACUUUUAGGUGCUUGCGGGAUUUAUAUAUCUUCUUUUGUUCCUGAGAAGAUCCCAACCUGGAUUAAUUUGCAGCAGCCCUGUUAACUACAUUGAACUUGCCUUCAGUCAUCUUCUGAAUGUCAUACCCAAAAAAGGAAAUAUUAAUCUAGUGCUACUUUUCAGUAAUCACAUUGUACAUAAAUCACCCUUUAUUACUUCUCUGAUAACAAAUUAAGCCUGGAUGAUGAAGGUUAAGUAGAAGAUCUUGCCUUGAAGGCAGAGAAGGAAUAUUGUUGGCUUCUUCCAGUGCAUAGUUCUGACAUUGUGGUGCCUACUCACCAGGGCACAGCAGAAAAUGAUGUAUUAGGGCACAUGGAUCUGAAUGCUUGGUAUGGAAUAGAAGACCAUUCUAGGCCAUACAACACUGAAAACAUGUAGAGGUCACCUUUGAUUUUAGCUUUAUGAUACAAGUCCUGGACCCAUUACCUCUGUGUUUUAUAAAUUUUUAUUCUGUAUUCAAUAGGUUGACUUUUCAAGAAAGAUUCUGAAGGGCAGUGUCACUAAUUAAAUAACUUGGAGAGUUUCAUCUUUAGACUUUCAAUUUUGAACAGCAAAGCUUUGUUUACCUUGACAGAUGAUCUAAAACCUGGUAGCACUAAAUAUUUAAAGCACAAGUAGAAUUGCAUCAGACAAUUAAGUGGAUUAAAACACUAAAUUCUAUUGGUGAUUUUACAUUAGAAAUGUUUUAAGCAACUCUACUGCAUUAUUUAGAUUUAUUUCUUACAAAUGGGAAUGUAUAGUGGAGAAGAUGCUUUCUUAAAACAUGUACUUCAGAUUCACUGCCCUUUCUUAAGAGAUAGGAGGAGGUGUGUGGAACAGUAUAAACUCAUACUUAAAAGAAAAUCAGGAUUUACUCUCGUAGCCAAAGUUAUGACUUGAGUAAUAUUGCCUUGAUUUAAAGUUAACAAAAUUCAUUUGUUCUAUCCACUAGUUAUUUAGUGUCUCAAUCAAAAUUCAGACAUUUGGGAAAUCUGGAAUUUCAACUGAAAUGACUUACCUAUAGUUGUUCCAAGUGUUAUGUGGACACGCAGGACACUCAGCCUAGAACAGUUGACUUCAGUCUGAACUGUCUGAAAAGAUCUGCAUCAAAACUGCCCAAGAUUCACCUUUGUUCCUCAGGAAUGUUAUGGCACUGCCCGGCCAUGUGGACAAGGAAUAUUUAGUUGAGGGUUGCAAGCAAGUUAAAUCUGGCUACAUUAUAUAUAAUAAAAAGGGGUUGGAGAGUAUUCCUAGCAUCCAUUUAGCACAACUUUUUUCCCCUCAGUUCACUCUAAUAUAAAAGGAGUUGAGGAAGAUACCAUCCAUUCAAGUAUAAAAUUAACUAUCUUGCCAUACUUACUUGAAUUAGAUCAGAUGUGCCUGAGUUAUGAGUUAUGCCUGGUAGGGGCAACUGCUCUAUUGCAUGUCUUGCCAAAAAUCUGAAAUAGCCCUCUUAGCCUGUCAUGUGAAUAGCAGAAACAUUUUUUCCACAGGGCCCUGCUAGGCUGCUCACCAGGGACCACUUUACCAUCACCAUCCAAAGGUACCAGUUUAUUUGCAGAUACCCCAACCACUGCUUGCUGGUAUCCCCACCCCAGUACAUAGUUUUAAUGGAAGAAAAUGAUUACCUGCUGAUGUAUUAACACCCACCAUCUAUUCUGAAGAAAAGCUAGAGGGAUGGAGCAGCCUCAGAAAUGUGCUUUUCUGUCUGCUGGGUAUUUGGUGGUGCUCCAUAAAAGAUUGCAGUAAGCUUGUGACUGCAUGAGCCUCCUCCUGUGGCAGACAUUUUUGGAAAACAACAUUUUCCCAGUAUUCAGAUAGGCUUUUUGGCCCCCAAAGCUAAGGUUCUAGAAAACAGAGUGAAUCCAGAUGGGAACAUUUGCCUGAAAAUAACCAAUCAUAGAUGUUUAAUAAUAGAACCAUAUAAGUACACUUAGAGCAGUCCUGAGCUUUCUUCCAGUGAUAAAGUAAGGCCACUCAUGAAGAUGACAUGAUCCAUGGUGGUAUCCUGGAUAACCUCAGACUGACAGGGAAAGGCUACAACAAAACUAACAGCAUUUGAAGUCAACCUAAAGUUUUAUUGCACCCUUCUCCACCAGGCAGUGAACUUGGGAACAACCAUCUAUACAAUUGAAUGGCUGAGGGGGGCUUUGGUGAAUCAAAGUUACAUGUUUGGUGUUUUAGGAACAUCACUGCUUCCUGUAAGCAAGCUGAAAAGGCAUGGCUUAAAAAAAUAGAAAAUUAACAAACCGUAUGCAAAGCUUUAUUUCAGUGUAGAAAACUGUCAAGUACAUUAUUAGUUUUGAAAAUAAAAGUUCUUCUAAGCAAGGUGUUACAGGGUUUUUUAAUUAAGAUAUUGUGUACUCUAAUAUAAGAUCAAAUUACAUGUAGUAUAAUAUGUAAAUAGCUGUAUAAUUGUCUUCAAAGAAAUAUGUUUGUAUAUACAGAAUCUCUAGUGUGAAUAUCAGAUGUGGGUUGGGAGAAGAUUGUACAUUUUUGUCAAAACAAUUUGAAAGCUGUAGAUACCAGGAUGAAAGUUUAGGGCAUUAAAUCAUUGUAUUUAAAGUUGGAUUCAUGCUUAAGUCAUACUGCUUUUUCAAUUGUGCCUUGUGGAAAUGAAAUUUUUACAUACUACUUGCAGUAUGAUUAUGAACAUGCCAAAAGGUUAAACAGUGACAUAAAAAUAUGUAAAAAGCUUUUUUAAAAAAGAAAAAGACUUCAGUCUGUCACUUAAUAAACAUUUAAACAUGAUGAACAUAUUUAGGAGAUGAUUGUUUAAUAUGGGACCACAAACUGAUGUAUUUUUAAAAUAUGGCUUCGGUUACUGCUGCACACAAUAGACCACUGUGAUAAAAAAAAAUGGAUCAUGUCCUCUAAAAUUCUGUAUCAAAGCCUAAAACUGGUGGUAAAGGAGAAGCACAAGGUAUACAAGACAAUCAAAUCUUUGACCCAAUUCAAUGUCCACUGGGCUCAGUUGUUUAAGAAUACUGUAUCUUAAGUAUAGGUGCACAUGAUGUAGUUUGAAAAUAUAAAAAAAGAAAAAAAUAUUUAGAGUCUUUUACUAAAUAGAACUUCUCCCCCAAAAUAAAGCAUAAUUGUGUUUUUA